AUGCUUCGGGACUUUGCUUCCGAGGCAGGCUUCGCGGUGAAGGUGGACGACACCACUUUGAUUCUGCACCUGGAGGCAGCUAGAGCGCGACUGCAGGGACUCUCGGGGACGGGGGACGGGGUACCGGGACAGUCAGGGGCACCGUGGGGACAGCAGCAGCAGCAGGGUGGGCUCGGUCGAGGGGCUGGUGUGCAGGAGGGCCAAGAGGGGCAGGAUGGGCUGGCUAGUGGGGGAGAGGAGGGGGGACAGCAGCAGCAGCGGCAGCAGCAGCAGCGGCAGCCGCAGAAGCAGCAGCUAGGCCAGCAGGGGCAGGAGGGGCAGACCCAUAGGGGUGAGGAGAGGGGACAGCAUGGACAGCAGCAGCGGGGCCAGCAGGGGCAGGAGGGGCUGGCUAGUGGGGGAGAGGAGAGGGGACAGCAGCAGCAGCAGCAGCAGCAGCAGCAGCAGCAGCAGCGGCGGCAGCAGCAGCAGCAGGGCCAGCAGGGGCAGCAGCAGCAGGUUUGUAGGGGAGAGGAGAGAGGGCAACAGCAGCAGCACCAGGAAGGGGAGCGGCGUGAGGGUCAGCAGGGGCAGGCUGGCUGGGAGGAGGAGAGGAGACAACAACAGCAGCGACGACAGCAGGAGGGCCAGCAGGGGCAGGAGGGGCAGGCCAGUAGGGGAGAGGAGAGAGGACGGCAAGAGCAGCAGCAAGAGGGUCAGCAGGGGCAGCAGCAGGAGGGUCAACAGGGGCGACAGCAGGAGGGUCAGUGGGGGUGGGCUACUAGGGAAGAGGAGAGGGGACAGCAGCGGCAGCAGCAGCAGCAGCAGCAGCAGCAACAGCAACAGCAUGGCCAGCAAAGGCAGGAGGGGCAGGUUGGUGGGGGAGAGGAGAGAGGACAGCACAGCCAGCAACAGGAGGUUCAGCAGGGGCAGGAGAGGCCGGUGAGUGGGGUAGAGGAGAGGGGACAGCAGGGGCAGCAGUGGGAUGGCCAGCAAGGGCAGGUGGGGUUCCGGUUCCAGGGGGCGACCCAGCCCUUGGGUGCGGGCUGGUUCGGGGAGAGAGGGAGAGAGGAGGUGGCGGGGGACACGACUGCGGGAGCGCAGGGGUUAGGAGGGGAGGGUAUGGAGGGGGGGGAUAGGGCAAGGGUGUCGGGGAGUUUGGGGUUGGGGAGAGGGGAUGGGAGGAGGCAGGUGGCUGGGGGAGAGGAUAGAGGGGCAGAGACGACAAGGGAGGAAGCACAGAGGGACUAG